AUGGCUGAGGAAUCUGAUGUGUGCCAGGCACAGAAUGAACUGCAGCCUAAGGUGUGCAUGCAUAUUCAGCCAUACGCGCACUCUGGCGUUCCCGGCUCCUUUGACUCAACAGAGUUGCAUUCAGCCAGCCUCAGCUCGGGCAUCCCAGCACUGACGUCCCGGCCGGGUGAAAGUGACAGGACGACAAUAGGGAACACAAAGCAGCCCGACGGGACAUCGGCAAUGGCCUUGGCAGUGCGCUUUGGUCAAAGCGACCGUAUGCUAGUUGCCCCGGCGUGGCGCAUCUUUUUCGGGAACAAGGGAUGGCAAGCAACAGGGGCGCCUCUCAACCCGAUCUGGUGGACUUCGGAGAGUAAGACCCCUGCGGCCUGA